AUGGCACCAGUACCUUCUUUGGAUAUCUACAAUAGUUACAAUUGCGACGAAGCUUAUCGUUCUGCAGAUAUAGUUAAGCAGUGCGAUUUAAAAACUAUCAAUGAUUUCGACUGUUUUGACUCGAUUCGAAAAUUGAUAAUAGCAAAUGUCGCUAAGGGUGACUGUGAUCCAUUUUUUGUAAUGAACGUGGAACUUGUCGAUGAUAUUCUGGAAAACUGGUUCAAGAAAAUGCCGGAUAUUAAGCCUUACUAUGCGUUGCGAUGCAAUUCAGACAAUGUUCUAUUGAAAUUACUCACUCGAAAUACCAACAUGGGUUUAUGCUGCAGCAAUCGAUAUGAAGUUGAAAUGGCAAUGAAAUUUGUCAAUGUGGAUCGAAUUAUUUAUCGAAAUCCACUAUGGACACGUGGCAGUAUUCGUCAUGCUAAAGAAUGUGACAUUCAAACAGUCAUCAUUGAAACAGAAGAUGAUUUGAAACGUUUUGCAAUGUAUUAUCCUGAAGCAGACAUAAUUUUACGUGUAACAAUGGAUCGGAAGAUAAUUAGCGAUCCUCUUAUGGAGGACAAUUUAGAUAUUGAGAAAGCGAUUCAUUUGCUUCGCACUGCAAAGAAUUCAUCAGUGAGAAUAAGAGGCAUUAGUCUUUCUGUACGCUUAGUUUGUGCAACACCAAUGUUAUAUUCAUAUGCAAUUGCACAGUGUCGACGAUUGUUUGAUAUUGGGCUUGAAGUAGGCCAUAAAAUGGAUAUUUUGGAUGUAGGUGAUGGAUUUCCAUGUAUGACUACUGUCGAUGGUUUAUCAUUUGAUCAGAUUGCUAAAUCACUGAAUGUUGCAUUAGCACACUUUUUUCCAUCAAAAUUUUUCAAAGAUCUGAAAAUAAUCGCUGAACCAAGUUAUUAUUUUGCGGCUUUUCCUUUUUCUCUGAUUACACGUGUUAUCAACAAACGUUUCAUUGAUGGAAGUUUUCUUACCAAUGACGAAUCAGACGCUGGUGCAGUUGGCUACAUUUAUCAGAUCAACGAAGGAUUUUAUGGUGCAUUUGGUUGUAAACUUUUGACUCAUCGUAAUCCUACCUGCUCGCCUUUAAUUUUUUUCGGUGAAAAAAGGAAUACACAUGCAGCAAUUAUUGGUCCUGAAUCAUGUGAUACAGAUGUCAUCCUGUCGCUAACAAGACUUCCACCUCUGCAGGUGGGUGAUUGGCUAAUUUGGCAUCAUAUGGGAGCUUAUACGAUUGGUAACCAUGAUACAACGGAACAGAAUGACUCUCCAUUGGUUAUUCACUAUUAUUAUAAAGGCGAAAAAAUGACUGUUUUUCCGGAUCCAGAAACGCUACCAAAUGAAAUAAGCUAUCCUUCAAGUAACUGUAUACGCGAUACUUCGGAAUCCGUAUCUUCCAGUUACAUAGAUGCUGUUGAUGAUGUUGCUAAGCAAUAG